AUGCGUACCUCGGUAGCUCUUUCCCUCCUCGGCGCGGCCGCUACUGGUGUUGCUGCCCAGAGCCAGAAGCCUCUCCCCACAGCUGUAGCUGUCAACAACAAUCCCGUUGGUCUCGUUGCCGAAGCGGUCCUUCCUGGUAACAACAUCAAGGGCAAGGUGGUCGUCAAGUCUGGCGAUGGCGGUGUUGGAACUCAGUUCAACAUUGAACUGAGCGGUAUCCCUGAGGAUGGCCCCUUCACCUACCACAUCCACGUCAACCCCGUCCCGGAGAACGGCAACUGCAGCGCCACGCUCGCUCACCUUGACCCUACCGAGCGCGGCGAAGACCCCGUCUGCGACAAGAGCAAGCCCGAGACGUGCCAGGUCGGCGAUCUGUCCGGCAAGUACGGCGCCAUCACCAAGGGUCAAACCACCUUCAGCGCCAGUUACCUUGACAAGUACGCGUCGCUCGUUGAGGGUACGGGCGCCUACUUCCUCAACCGCAGCAUCGUGUUCCAUUACCCCAACAAGACGAGGAUCACCUGCGCCAACUUCAAGAUCACCAACGCCGGACCGGCCCCGUUUCGCUUCCAACCAACGGGCACCGGGAUCUCGAGCGCUGCCCCUAUCGGAACCAACCCGGCGCAGACCACUGGGGGCGCUCCUUCGCCGUCAGGCACGAUGCCUGUUGAGGCCGGAGCCAGCUUCAGCACGAGCUCCAUGACCAGCGUGGUGGCCGCCUUGUUGGGCGGUGCGAUGAUGUUGAUGCUCUAA